UCUGUACAUCCUUUGUCUUCCAUGAAAUUUUUUUUCUGUGUGUGAUAUUUAAAAAAAAAAAAUGCUUUGGAUGCAACAUUAAAAACAAGCUUGUUACGAUGACUGCAUGAUUGAUGGCCGGCGUCAUCAAGACUAUUCCUUUCUGCAACUCAUCCAGCCAGCAUGAUGAUGAAGGUUGUGAUCAUCCCCUUGCAUGAGUUACCUCCCCUAGCAUGUGUGAUCUGAGACCUACAUCUGAUGCAUGUUGUGAAGAGGAAGAAGCUCGCAAAAUGGCCCAGCAAUUGCAUGUUGCCGUGACAACCAAACCGGCACCAGUCUUCACUAAGACACUCAAGCCAUAUCAAGUAAUAACACCUGGACAGACCACAAGGCUUGAAGUGGAGGUAGCCGACUCACCCAUUCUCAGCCACACCUGGUAUGUUAACGGCAUCAAGAUUGAGCCGACGGAACGAACUCACAUGAUUCAGGAAGGCAGAUCUCUUGUUCUGAUCAUCGUCAGUGUACGACCUGAAGAUGCAGGAGAGUACGCGAUCAAGGUCAGGAAUGAACAAGGGGAGGCAACUUGCAAGACAACUCUAAUAUUCAAAGGUCAGGAAAAGGUUAUAGAUAUUACAGAAAGGGAGACAACUGAUACCAUCUUGGUAACCCACACUGUGACAACCAUCGAACGAGAGGAACAGUCCUUUCAACAGCAAGUCAGACCCAUUGAGACGCCUCUUGAACCCGAGAUUUAUGUCAGAGAACAUGGUAUUGCCAGACUUGAAUGCAACAUUCAGUCUCACCCAUCGCCCCUGGUCACUUGGUUUGUGAACGGAGUGGAGAUUAAGCCGUCACCGAAGUACGAGAUUCGCACGGAGGAUGGCAAGAGCACGCUCCUCAUCAUCGAGGUUGGACCAGAGGACAAAGGAGAAUACGUUUGUAAAGCCGUGUCUGACAUCGGGGAGUCCGUCAGCAGAACAACACUCAGCAUACAAGAACCAGCAACUGAACAGCUUCCCUCUGGUACACCAGUGUCUAUGGCUGGAGUUGAGCCAUCACCUCCAACACGCAUGACUCCACCAGAAUUUGUUGUACCACUGAAGCCAGUUGAAGCUAAGGAUGGACAGGAACUUCAGAUGACUUGUAAAGUCACUGGACAACCAGCACCAAACCUCAUGUGGUUCCACGACAGCAAAAACAUUGAUGACGAUGAGGAAUUUGUCAUCUCAUACAAUCCAGACACUGGUGACGUGACACUGAUUAUUGUAGAAGUCUUCCCAGAAGACCAAGGCCAGUACAUCUGCAUUGCCCAAAAUCCUGCAGGUCAGGCUACCUCAUCUGGAUUCCUUACCAUCAUUGAAACUGAAGACCUUGAGGCGGAAGUAUUCGAAGAGCAACAACCCACUGAAACUCAAGUAACUGAGGCAGAAUUCAUCUUCAAGGCUCCGGAAGAACCCAUGGAAGUAACUGAAGUAUCCGAAGAAGCUGUCCAACCAGAGAUCAUAGACAGACCAAAAGUGGAACCUCUGGUUAAAGAAGAGGUAACAGUGGAAAGUCCUAUUCCUGAGAGUCUACCAGAAGAAGGAUCAGAGGUUUACGAAACAGCUUUGGAAUCUCUGGAAGAAGUUUAUGAAGAGGUUACAGAACCCAAUAUUGUCUCUAAGACCAUCCUCAGACCAAAGGUUGUACCUCUGGAAGCAGAACGCAUUGCAGAAUCUCCCGAACGUGAAAUUGAGAUGCCUAUGGAAGAAGAAGAACCACAAGUGGACCUCGGUGAACCAGUUAUGGAGGAGAGUAUUACCUCAGAAGUUAUAAAACGUGAAGUCAAGUUUGUGGAAACUCUCACAACAGCUGCAACACAAGAAACUGUGGAGAUACCCACCACUGAAAAGGAAACAAUUGAACUGAUGAUUUCGGGUAAGCCAGUUGAAGAAGAAACAGCCAUGGAAGAACAAGAGAUCACGUUCGUUAUUAAAGCUACAGGAAUUGAAGAAACUCAAGUGAAGGAACCAAUAGAGGAACAACAGCCGGAGGAACAAACCAUUGAAGCUCAAUUCGAAUUGCCUGAAGAUGCUCCACAGCAAAUCUUGCAGGCUGAACUACCAGGAGAAGUUCCACCAGAGUUUGUGGAGAUGCUGCAGCCCCAGGUUGUGGAAGAUGGCAGCACCGUGACUCUUGGAUGUCGUCUGGUUGGGUCACCACCACCCAGUGUGACUUGGUACAAGAGUACUAUAGAGAUCGAACCAAGCACAGACUUCAGACAGACAUUCGACAGCGACACAGGAAUAUGUGUCCUGGAGCUGAAGGAAGUAUUCCCAGAAGAUACAGGAGAGUACAUGUGCAGGGCAGUGAAUCCCUUUGGUGAGGCGACCACCACUUGCAACAUCAUUGUCAGAGCUCAAGGUGACACAGACAUGGUAACAACCACUACAGAAACUACAGAAACUACAGAAUCUGUUACCAAGACGAUGACCUUCACAGUCACUGAAGAUGAGGUCCCAGAGGUCAGACUAGUUGAUGAACGACAUGUGACAACAAUUGAAAUGUCACCAAAUUUCACUCGCCCACUACUGCCAGCAGUCGAAGCUGAUGAAGGUGGAACUGUCCGACUUGAAGUAGAGUUGGAGAGUGAGCCCGAGGCUGAGGUGAACUGGUUUGUGAACGAGCUGGAGAUCUCCCCGUCGGAUCACAUGGAAAGUUAUCCGCGACCACCGCACGUGUGUCCUUGUCAUUGUUGACGUCACGCCAGAGGAUUCCGGCGAAUACGUCUGCCAGGCUGAAAACAUUCUUGGCAAAGUCACGUGCAAGACCACGCUUACUGUAAAACCAAUGCAAAGAGUAGUUCUGGAACUGGACAAGGAGGAGGUCCCAACAGAGGAGGAAAUUAGACCCGUGGAAGAAUCUCCAGAGGAAGUUAAACCACAGCCACAACAAGAAGAACCGAUCAUGCAUGAAGACCGCGGU